UUUUUUUUUUUUUUAAAGUACAGAUUCCUGAGCUCAGAACCACUUGUCUAUGCCAUUCUGCUUUCCCCAGAGACCCAGCCAGGUCCUGAUAAGGUAUCAGUAACCCCACCAGGUCAGAGUGAUGUUCCCAGACAAUAAUCUCUCUGGAGCCUUGGAGAAUCUAAGUGGUCUUAUGCUGGCCCACCUGCCAGAAUGAACCUCCUCCAGAGCUCUCCCCUUCACAUUUUACCUCCUAACACUCCCUAGGGGCAAACCUGAUUUUGUGUGUCCUAACUUGCAUCACACUAAUUCAAGCAACUUAGGAAUAGAAAAUGAUGUGGUUCUCAACCAGGGUUGCCCAACCUCUAAAAUAGUGGUCUAAUCAUUCUCUACCUCCGGGACAUAUCUCCUUCCCAACUGCCCCAGGAAACAAGCAUCCCAUCUUUGCAUGUUCGAGGUCCACAACAGGGGGCCCCCUCACAAAGAAGGUUAUCUCUCAUUGCUAGGAAGUCCUUGGCUGCACUGUAUCAAAGUCGGGCCCAAAUAUGGUUCCUUCCUAUAGGCCUGAUCAGGCUAAGGGCAGAGUUAUCUAUUUACUCCUCCUCUCAGGAGGAUCCAGCCAACACAGUAACACCUCUUCACAGUUUGACCACGUUUUUCACCUGGACUUCUCCUAAGCCCAUCCUAAGCUUCAUCCUUUCAUGGUGGUAGUAGCAUUGUUAAUACAGUAUUUGCCUUUUGGGGGGAGAGAUGAAUGUAAUGAUUAGGUUGUCAUUUUGUGUUAUGUCAUUUUGUCAUGAAUUUGUUUUGAAUUUUAUAUUAAAAUGGGCCCACUAUUCCCACUUUGUGAAGCCAUUCAGGACCCUCAUUUUGCCUUGGAACACGUUUGAUAUCUCUCCCAGUGUCACUUUGAAAUGUGAUGAGCUUGCCCACACAUUUCUAUCGGGUAUAAAUCCAGAGCCCAACAUGAAGCCCUACCGUCCAGCAGAACACUUCUCCACUACCUGUGGAACCUUGGCUAGGCCCCUUAACCUCCUGGUUUUUUGAGCCCUCGGUUGUAAAAACGUGAGGGGUAUGUGAAUUUACAUUUGGGGCACGACAAGUUCAGUAAGAGCUUGUUUUUGCUUUUAUUAUUCCCAGCUGGAAUAUCUUCCCUCAGCUCUCCAUGGGUCCAAAUCUAACUUGUCUUUCAGGCCCACUGCCAAGGAGCCUUCCACACAAAUUUCUGCCUGUCUGGCUAUUGAAUACUUAGGGUCAGUACCAUACAACCAGGCUGUGUCUUAGGUUAAUCUUUCCUCUCAAGCCAAUGGCAGAAUGUGGGUUUCUCUUGCCCUCUUUUGGUCCCUGGGGCUGUGCCGGCCUAUAGGUAUGCUCCACGGGGAGUGGCUGGGUGAGGAGAAAGAUGGGAGGGCCCAGGCAGAGUGUUCCUCUGCCUCCACUCUGCUCUCCUCCAUUAAAACUCAGAGAGCCUAAAAGCUGCCCCUCAAGUCACAGAUUCCUUAUGUGACCUCACUGGGUAGUGAUGACCUCACAGGCCUUUUCACAGUUACCAUGACAGGGUAACUACACAAACGUGGUGCUUUCAGGAAAGCUUCCCUACCAGUUCUCUACCAGAUACCAGUCUGUUUGGAUGCCUGAGAGAGAAUGUCUGACCGGAUCUUCUAUAUUCAUUCUAAUUUGUCCUCUGUCCCCUGGGAGGGCAGCACAGCAGCAGGGGCUCCCUCUUCUCCUACACCUGGUCACUACCAUGUCCUCUACCGAGGGUGUGGAGAAACCCAGGUGGGCUGGCAUGGGGAGACGUACUGCCUGGUUGGUGGCUACCGGACCUAUGGGGAUGCUCCUGUGGCCACCCCAGCAAAGACGGAAGCAGAGAAACCAAUUCCCAGCCAGGCUCCCAAAAGACGUCGAGCUAUGGCAGAGUCAAAUAAAGACGUAGGUUGCUCCAGCCCCAAAAUUCGGCGAUUGAAGCAUGGUGGCAGGAGGAUGACCCCAAAGAAGCUUGCUGACUGAGCCACUUUACAGGAAUGGCAAACAUUUAACUGCCUAAGACAGCUAAUGCCUCUUCCUGAAGUGACCCCCCACUGCCCACCACUGGAGAUUAGAACCUGAGCCAUUCUGUCUGAGCUUUCUUCAGCCAGGAGCCUCCUUCCAUACUAACUGGCCAUGGGCAAGGAGCCAUAGAAUCUGAGGUUUGAAAUGAAAGCCUGCUCUGAACAUCCCAGAGCCAAAACUGGCCUGGAAGAAAACCUGAUGUUUCUCCACUCAAUCCUGUAGAGUCCCUUCUCGGGAAGAAGAAAGCAAAGUUUGCACUCUUUGAACCAAGGAGGAUGCAGGAGCAGAGGGAGGGUUCAGAGUGGCCUUAGCAGGGACUCAGUCCAUCAGAUGGACUCUUGCCCUGAGUCAUUGCCAGCAGUCACCAAUUGAACCAAGAGGAGCUGGACUUUUUUAAACUGAAAAAAGCAAUCUGGGUCUACCGAGGGAGCCUCUUGUCUGGAGUGGCGGGAGGCAGAAUAAGGAAACCCAGGAAGACCCGCUCCCCAGAGCAGGAAGAAAAUGGAGAGUUAGGUGGCGCCACCACUGAGGCUCACGCGCUCCUUCAUUCCCAGUCCUUCUUAGCCCCAGUGGGAUUUCUUACUGUUCAAUAAAAUGGUUUUCUCUAACAUAUUUGACUUGAACUCCAGCUUGUCCAAGGCCAGGCCCCAAAUCUCCCUUUUCCCUUGAAGUACAUUUCCACAUGGGGUAGCUGGUGCUCUAACACCUUCUGCCUCCAAAAAAGACCCGUGAGUGCAGCUUCUAACUGUGUGGCUACCAUAAUGACAGCUGUGCAAAUUGGGGCAGGACACAGGCAGGUUCUUUAGGAGCCCAAGGGUGGCUGGGUGGUUCAAUUGGUUAAACGUCUGAUUCUUCAUUUCGGCUAAGGUCAUCAUCUCACAGUUCAUAAGAUUGAGCCCUUUGUCGGGCUGCACGCUGACAUCAGGGAGCCUGCUUGGGAUUCUCUGUCUCCCUCUCUCUCUCAGCCCCUCCCCGGCUCAUGCUCUCUCUCUCUCUCUCUCUCUCUGUCUCUCUCUUGCUCUCGCUUUCACUCUUGCUCUCACUCUCGCUCUCUGUCGCUCACUCUCUCUCUCUCUCAAAGUAAAUAAAUAAACUUUAAAAAAUGGUGAGCUUGGGGCGCCUGGGUGGCUCAGUCGGUUAAGCGUCCGACUUCGGCUCAGGUCACGAUCUCACAGUGAGUGAGUUCGAGCCCCGCGUCAGGCUCUGGGCUGAUGGCUCAGAGCCUGGAGUCUGCUUCCGAUUCUGUGUCUCCCUCUCUCUCUGCCCCUUCCCUGUUCAUGCUCUGUCUCUCUCUGUCUCAAAAAUAAAUAAAACGUUAAAAA